GGGAGUGUUAAUGGCUAGGCUGGUAUUAGGUGGUGUGGGAGUGUUAAUGGCUAGGCUGGUAUUAGGUGGUGUGGGAGUGUUAAUGGCUAGGCUGGUAUUAGGUGGUGUGGGAGUGUUAAUGGCUAGGCUGGUAUUAGGUGGUGUGGGAGUGUUAAUGGCUAGGCUGGUAUUAGGUGGUGUGGGAGUGUUAAUGGCUAGGCUGGUAUUAGGUGGUGUGGGAGUGUUAAUGGCUAGGCUGGUAUUAGGUGGUGUGGGAGUGUUAAUGGCUAGGCUGGUAUUAGGUGGUGUGGGAGUGUUAAUGGCUAGGCUGGUAUUAGGUGGUGUGGGAGUGUUAAUGGCUAGGCUGGUAUUAGGUGGUGUGGGAGUGUUAAUGGCUAGGCUGGUAUUAGGUGGUGUGGGAGUGUUAAUGGCUAGGCUGGUAUUAGGUGGUGUGGGAGUAUUAAUGGCUAGGCUGGUAUUAGGUGGUGUGGGAGUAUUAAUGGCUAGGCUGGUAUUAGGUGGUGUGGGAGUGUUAAUGGCUAGGCUGGUAUUAGGUGGUGUGGGAGUGUUAAUGGCUAGGCUGGUAUUAGGUGGUGUGGGAGUGUUAAUGGCUAGGCUGGUAUUAGGUGGUGUGGGAGUGUUAAUGGCUAGGCUGGUAUUAGGUGGUGUGGGAGUGUUAAUGGCUAGGCUGGUAUUAGGUGGUGUGGGAGUGUUAAUGGCUAGGCUGGUAUUAGGUGGUGUGGGAGUGUUAAUGGCUAGGCUGGUAUUAGGUGGUGUGGGAGUAUUAAUGGCUAGGCUGGUAUUAGGUGGUGUGGGAGUAUUAAUGGCUAGGCUGGUACUAGGUGGUGUGGGAGUGUUAAUAUGGGUAUACAUCCCCAAAGCCAGGGAUCAUCAACUUGAUUCAGCCGUGGAUGGUCAGGGGGCCGGAACAUAAUUGCACAUUUUUAGACUGCAAAUGGACCACAAAAAUCCCCAAAAGAUUUUAAAAACAUUUCAAACCUUGCUUACGUUUGUAUUCUAUCACAUACAGUGUAUUGCUCUUUUAGGAAUACGUUGAAACAGACUUCCAAAAUUAAAAUAACUGUGAGCUGUUUUGCUGGUGUUUUUUACAGUCUUAUGUCCAACAAUAAAACAUAUAAGUAAUGUUUUGUUCAAAAACUUGGGGGAGGGGAAAUAAAAAUGGCCCGUGGGCCACCAGUUGGGGAACCCUGUCCUAAACCAUGUUAAAGCUGCUGACAGAAGCCCCUGCUGACGCUAACUGGAGGGAGAUGAAGACAGAGGAAGGGUCAAAUAUGACAUUUGAAAUGUUUUUAUUCUUGUGUGUAUAAUGUUUACUGUCCAUUAUCUACUUCACUUGCUUUGGCAAUGUUUCCCAUGCCAAUAAAGCCCUUCAAUUGAAAUUGAAAAGAGAGACUGGUGAAAGAGAGAGAGAGAUUGCUGAAGAACAACAUGCGCCACACACCACACAGUGGUCAGUUACCAUUUUAUUAUUAGUGUUAUGCUGAUCUGAGUUCAGCGUUUCCAAAGGAAUAGUUUGAUAAGCAUGAUGCAAAAAAAAAAAAAAAAAAGACCCCAGAACAGGAGUCUCCAACUGGUCUCCUGGAGAGCUACCCAUCCU